UGUGCGGCAGGGAGACUUCUGGGGCACUUCUGCCCUCUUGGUUGUCGUGUGCUGUAGGGUGAGGUAAUGGCAUCUGGAAUGUGCUGUCACCUAGUAAGGUGUAGUGGCCGGUUGUUCUAAGGAGUGGUAAUUAAAAAUAAUGUUCAAUAUGUUCUUUAAGAACUUCUCCCCGACGAAGCAAAAUGAUUUGGUUGCACUUUGGAAACUGAAGAGCUGCUUUCAGGAACGGCUAAGUUGAACUAGAAAAAAAAAAGAUGCCUUCUGAAUGAUAACUGCUGCUCGCUGAGCUGAACUGCAAAGAUCUCAUGCUUUGGAGAUGAAGAUGGAAAUAAAUCCAAGGAGAUAAUCCAGCUGCUGCCAUUGUGACAACUGAAAAGUUCUUUGUGUCAAAAUGAACAGACUUUGAGGGGGAAAAAAAGAAGCUGGGAAACAGUUAAAUCUGAAAAAAAAUGGGAGAAAGAAUAAGGAGCCCAGAUUCUGAGUAUGACAGGAAAUCAGAUGGGGAUAAAAAUAGUGACUCUUACUAUUCAGAUGAAGAUAAUGCAUCGCGUUCAUCUGGCCAGUCGCCAACACUGAGCUAUCCAUCUACAAGCCAAGAAAAAGAAGACCACAAACCCCAAACUUCAACCAGCCUUCUGCACUACCAAGCCACAAAGAAAUUGGGUUCCAAAUAUGCACCAAGCAAAAAAGGGACGCGGUGGGGUUUCCGUUCUCAGAGCCUUACUAGGGAUUCUCCUGCCAAAGAUAUAGAUCUUGUUACAAAAAGAGUUCUUUCUGCUAGGCUGCUGAAAAUCAAUGAGCUCCGAAACGAACUAACUGAACUCCACAUCAAGCUAGACGAGCUGCAGAAGGAAAACAGGGCGCUGAAGAGGCUUCAGCACAGGCAGGAGAAAGCCCUGAAUAAGUUUGAAAAUACAGAAAACGAAAUCUCCCAGCUCCUUGCCCGGCACAACAAUGAGAUUAGAAUACUGAGGGAGCGCUUGCGAAAAUCUCAAGAGAGAGAACGUGUGACCGAGAGGCGGCUGAAAGAUUCAGAAGAUGAACUGUACAGAACAAAAACUGCCUUGCAGAAGCUGAAAAAGCUGUCUGCAGAUAAACACCUUGCUGAAAGAGAUGACCUGGCAAAGAAACUGGCCUGUGCAGAGAGCAAGCUAGAGGACAGCGAGAAAAGAAUUAAGGAUCUUGAAAAAAAUCUUGAGUUAACUGGUAGCAGCUUUCAACGAGAGUUACAGUCAAAGAAAAAAAAGAUAUAUGAAGCUCAAGAAGAAAACAGAGUUCUCCAGGACAAGCUUCACGAACUAAACCAGAAGCUAAAGGAAAAAGAAAGAGAACUUGAAGCAAAAAAUAUAUAUGCAAACCGUAUGUUGAAGCUAUCACCAAGAAAAGACACAGAUAUUAUGCAAAGAAAAAAAGCCAACAACCAAAAUACUAAAAAAGGAGCACAGCUUACAAAAGGUGUACAGACCAGUGGAUACUUCUCACCAGUAGAGUUUGUUCCAGAAUCAGAACUUGGCAGUGGUGACACAGGAAGCAAGAAAGAAGAGAUUCUUCCUAAAAUAGAAAAAGAAACUCAAGACAAAGGAUGGAAAGAGCAGGCAGACCUUGCAAGACGAGACCAAGACAGGGAAAGGCAAGAGAAGCUGAAACGUUUUCAUGAAAUACAGGCUUUAGAGGAGAGAGUUCAAAAACUUCCUGAUGAGCCAGAAAGGGAAGAAUAUGCCAAAGUGAAAAAAGAAGGCAGCUUCUUAUGGGAUAAAGAAGAAAAAACAAAGAUGGAGACAGAAAUCCACAAACCUGAAGCAGAGAAAGAGAGCAGAGAAGUGCUGGAAGAGCGUCGAAAAAGAGAGUUCCUGCUUGCCAAAAUGCAACAAAUUGAUAGAGAAACUCAAAAUGCAGCAAACAUCAAACCUCCUUCCCCAGCACCAGGCAUAAACACAGCAAGAAAAUCUGAUUCCCUGGAGAAAAAAGAACAAACUAAUCAAUUCUUUGAUAUUCCUGGGAAAGUUACUAAUGGAUUUCCUGUAGGUGACAGUCAGGAUGAUGCCUCGAGAGCACAAGGGCAGAAGCAACGAAGUGUAAGGACCUCAGAUUUGAGUAGUGAGUUAACAUUUGGUAGUUAUGUACCUUCCUUUGGGAAAGGAUCAGGGAGACCGAGUUGGCUCACUCAAAGAAGUGACAAUUUAGAAGAAAAUGUUAAGGAAAAUGCAGAUUCCAAUAGCAAAAAAGAAAAGAAGUCCAAUUUAAUGGAGCAGCUCUUUGGGAGCAGUGCCAGUACCAUCCUUCUUUCUAAAAAUAAUGAUCCACCACCUUUGGACAUAGAUUGGAACUCAGGUAAUGCUAAUUUUGCUAUUGCAAACAGCAAAGUCAAAGCAAAAGAGGACAAUGAGCUUUUAGGUAAAGGAAGAAACCCACACAGACACCGUUUGCAACACACCACGACCAAGCUAGGAGUUAAGACCCUUGGUUCUUUGGAAGAUGAAAUUGAAGAAGUAAUCCUCAAAUGAUUGUAUUUUUAUAUGGUUCCUAUGUAAAUACAAAAAAAAAAAAAAAAAGAAGUUUCCUGUAAUACUUAUUAGACACAGAUCUGUAACAUUGUAAAGCCUUAUGAAGGAAUAAUGUACAUAAAGGAGUAUAUGUAGAGAAGAAAGAUGCACUUUGAUGGAACAGCCUAACGUAUGCAGGGAAUUUCUUCUAAACUGGAAUGUUCAAUCACAGAGCUUGCAGAUAUGGCAGUGACUCUUUUGGUAGAAAGACAGAGAAGGUGACCUGAAGGACGUUGAUGAAUGAGGUAGGUGCUGGCUGACCACUUUGGUCAGUUAGAGAAGACACUUUUGCCCUGACCUAGGCUCUAGUUGGGCUGUCACUGUUGCCAUGUGGCACCAUCUGGCUUGUGCAGCUGUGGCUUGAGGCCCCAGAAGCUUGGUAAGCACAGAGCUGAUAAGGAUGCCACAGGGGUGGGAGGUCUUGCAAAGGCUCAUUGUGUCCUUCACUCAUGCUCCCACACCAUGCUCUCUCUCAAUCUUGCUCUCUUGCACACUCUUCCCCCUCAUCCUUCUCUCACUUCUGCCCUUUGCUUGUUCUCACCCUCUCUCUUUCCAUCGCUCUUAAAUGCUUGAGGCUUACCAGUGUGUGAUGGUGUGGCAAGCAAAAUGACAUCCUCAUUAGAGAGCAUUAUUUAUUGCAGAAUGAGUUGGCUAAGAAAGGUGACAAGCUUCUGGGGGCAGCUUUGGCACUUGGGCUACUAGAAGGGCAUCUCUUAUUAGCCAGCUUAGAAGGUGUUGGGAUUUUUUUUACCUGUAGGCUGCUCACAGCACAGUGCUUUUUAUUUGGAGAACCUCUUCUAGGCCUCAGAUAUUUUUCUUUCUCAGGCAUUUGAGGAGCCUCUUAACUGUGUCAUAUGUAACAUCAGUGUCAUAGAAUGGAUAGAAGAGCCAUACGUAGCACAAAGGCUCAGGUAGAAAGUAGUCUGCACUGCUGUUGUGUUAUCUUAGAAGAGCAUCAAGAGCAACACAAUUAACUCAGGAACAGCUUUUGUCUUUAUUGCAUAGGUUUCCUGUAGACCUUACUUCCAAAUUUGUCUGACUCUCCUUCUCUAUCCAGAUUAUAUUUAUUAUAUAAUGCCAAUUUUUUGGUAAGUUCUGAAUUUUCUAUGUGAAUUUCCAAUCAUUACUAAGUGGGGUUUUUUAACAAAAUUGUUUUAUUAAAUGACUUGAGUAAA